GGACGGUGUACGCUUACACCUUCAAGUUCAACAUCGAUAUCCUUCAUCUUUCUCGCAGACACGUCCUCGACUCUUUCAUCGCCGUCCUCAUCAGUAUUUAACUCCAGGAUGUGUGAAACGCAGAAACUUGAUAAUUAACUCUACUGUCCUCUCUGGACAUCCGGUUGUGGAUUACUACGGAUCAGUCGGCCGCACACUUGGCUGCUUCUCCAACGUUUUUCGACUCGCGCCCAUUGAGGAUAUCAGUGACUUGGGACUGCUGAGAGGCGGUGUUUGGACGUCGCCAGAGUACUGAAGGGCCAGCAACUUUCCCUGUCGAUUCGCUUUUGGGCUGCCCUUCGGACAUGAUCAUAUGAUCUCCUUACUAUUCUCCGUUCUGGUCUAUUCCAAAGUCCAGACUAGUACGACUCAGCCCAAAAUACUGAUUUUUACUGGGUGUUAAGGUUUAAACGUUAACAUUCCGCUGAUGUCAUUGACUGCACCCGUGUGGGAUGAAAUCCCCACCCAAUGUCGACAAAUUCCACUCCGCGAGCCGCCCAGUGAAGGUUGCGAAACACACGCUCUUUCUUACCACGCUUACAAGUUACGGCACGGUGAAUCCCUGUUCCGAGGUUGGAAUUCGAUUUGGGCAUUCAGGCUGGUCACCUGGGGGACAUCUAACUUUAAGUUCAAGACUGCUCAUAAAAAGCCAUUUCAAGAUCCAAUUUAUUCCCAAUUCUCCCUCGCUCCUUGGAUUGUCCAUCUCAUCGCAAUGUCAAAGUCAAGCCUCCUACCAGUUUCAAUCGCAUUCGCGUCGGCACUGGUCCUUCUCAUCGGACGAUUUCUCCGCAAGCGUCCCAGUUUUCCUUUGCCUCCAGGGCCGAAGGGAUUUCCCAUCGUUGGCAACCUGCGCGAUGUCCAGCCUGGUGAACACACUGGAGAUAAGAGGUGGGAGCGCUUUGCACGAUGGUCCCGAGACUACAACUCGCCGGAUGCGGUUUCUGUUGAAGUGCUUGGAGAGAGAAUAAUUAUCUUGAAUUCCAAGAAGGCCGUCAUUGACAUAUUGGAGAAGAGAUCUGGGAAAUACGCGGAUAGACCCGAAAUGAGAAUGGCAAAUGAUCUUUCCGGGUGGAAAUGGAAUUUUGCGCAUAUGCAACACUCUGACUUGUGGAGACUUCAUCGGAAAACCUUCCAUCAGCAUUUUCAGCCUCGCAUGAUGCCCGAAUACUACGCCAUUCUGAAGGCCGCUACUCAAAUAAUGAUUCGGAAGUUUGCUACCUCACCAGAUGAUUUUUUGGAUCACGUUAGGGAACAAGCAGGAUCGAUAGUGCUGAAAAUUGUAUAUGGGUACAACCUUCAAACUGCGAAUGAUCCGUAUAUCCAACUAGCCAACAACGCGAUAGAAGCCUUAAUCGAGACAACUGUCCCAGGAACUUUUCUUGUUGACUUUCUGCCUGUUCUUAAAUAUGUACCGUCUUGGUUCCCUGGGGCAGGGUUCAAGAGGAGAGCUAAGGUCUGGAAGAAGUAUAGCGAGGAACUUCGAGACCUGCCAUGGGAGUGGCUCAUGAAGUCUAUGACGCAAGGAGCCGUCGAACCCUCGUUCGUCAGUAAAAACCUUGAAAAACUUUCCUCUUCAGUGGAAGGCGAAGACCGGAAAGCGAUGGAGGAAGUGAUCCGUAAUUGUGCGGGAAUAUCGUAUGUGGCUGGUGCAGAUACGACAGUCUCAGCCAUACUUUCAUUCAUACUCCACAUGAUUCACCACCCCGAAAUCCAGUCCCGUGCUCAAUCCGAGGUGGAAUCUCUCGGAAGGCUCCCAGAACUCAGUGACAAGGGGAAAUUACCGUUCACCGAAGCCGUGAUUGCAGAGACGUUACGGUGUAAUCCUGUCACACCGCUCGCGCUUCCCCAUGCUGCAAUGGAAGACGAUGUGUAUGAGGGUAUGUGGAUUCCGAAAAGAUCCACCAUUGUGGCGAACAUAUGGGCCAUCUUACAUGAUGAAAAAUUAUAUUCCGACCCCAUGACGUUCAAUCCUGACCGGUUUCUUAAAAAAGACGGAAGUGAGAUGUUUCCUCUACAUCCGGAAACCUUCGCGUUCGGUUUCGGAAGGAGAAGAUGCCCGGGAAGAUAUUUGGCACUCAACAGUAUAUGGAUAGCAGUAACCUACAUUUUGGCUACGUUUACUAUCACUGGUCCCGAAGAAGAGGAAAUAGUUACAUAUCAUGAUGGGCUUGUAAGUCAUCCGUAUCCUUUCAAAUGUAGGUUCAUACCACGGUCAGGACUGGGUUUAAUUCCAGCAUGAAUGUAUAUAGCCGAGUCUCUCAAUGAAACAUCG